CCGCAAUCAUUGGCUGGACUCGGGUCACGUGAUAAGAAAUAUGUAAACACGAACCCAGAAUCCAUAGUUCGCUACAGAAAGACAACCGACAGUGAAGCUAAUCUCACUUUCCCUUCCAGCUUUCCUGCGCCAUUUGCGCACCAGCUGACUGCGAAGGCGCAGCUGCAGCUGCGCAGAGUCCCCGCCUGCCUGUCCUGUCAGCGAUUUGCUCCAGGGCCGGACAUUAGCGCAGCCUGCUGAGCCGAUGACAGUCCGAGCAUGGAGAACCCGGAGAAAGGAGGCAGGAGGAACCCGCUGGCCACCGCCAGCCUCUUCUCCAAACUCUUCCUCUGUUGGUUGACGCCGCUGAUGCGCCGCGGUCACAAGCAGCGACUCAACGAGAACGACAUGUACGACGUUCUGCCAGAGGAUCGCUCCGAAAACCUGGGAGAAGAUCUGCAGAGAAUUUGGACCCAAGAAGUAAGAAGUGCGAGAAAGGAACUCCGGGAUCCAAAACUGACCCGAGUUCUCGCUAAGGCUUAUGGGAAAUCUUACGCUCUGGCUGGACUGUAUGUAUUCUCACUGGAAGCCAUUAAGGUCGUCCAACCUCUUCUUCUGCGGAAAAUAAUUGAGUAUUUUGAGAACUAUAACCCAGACGAUGCUGCUGGUCUUCACACGGCGUACGGCGUUGCUGCUGCCAUGUCCAUCUCCACCUUCGCGCUGACGAUCCUCCAACAUCUUUACUACUAUCAGGUUCUCCGAAUUGGCAUGAGGAUUCGAGUGGCCAUGUGUCACGUGAUCUACCAGAAGGCUCUGCGUCUCAGCAGCGACUCGAUGGGACGAACAACCACCGGGCAAAUCGUCAACCUUCUUUCUAAUGACGUAAACCGCUUUGACGAGAUUAUACUGAACCUGCACUACCUGUGGGUUGGACCGCUCCAGGCGCUGGUCAUCAUCGUUUUCCUGUGGUCUGAAAUCGGCCCUUCCUGUCUGGCCGGCGUGGCCGCCAUCGCCCUCAUGAUGCCGGUUCAGACGUGGUUCGGAAAACUGUUUGGCAUCUUCAGGAGCAAGACGGCCGUCCUCACCGACAGCCGGAUCCGCAUCAUGAACGAAGUGGUGUCUGGCAUCAGGAUAGUCAAGAUGUACGCCUGGGAGAAACCGCUGUCGGCUCUCGUCACUGAAGUCCGACGGAAAGAAAUCCGCCAGGUUUUGAAGAGCUCCUACCUGCGAGGACUCAACAUGGCUUCCUUCUUCGCCAGUAGCAAGAUCACGGUUUUCGUGACGUUCGCCGCCUACGCUCUGCUGGGCAACGCCAUCACCGCCAGCAGCGUGUUUGUCACCGUGUCGCUCUACGGCACCAUAAAGCUCACCGUCACGCUGUUCUUCCCUCUCGCCAUCGAAAAGAUGUCAGAAACCAUUGUGAGCGUUCAUAGGAUUAAGAAUUUCCUCACGUUACAAGAAGUCGAGAGAAGAACCUUUGAACUGCACCUGGAGGAAAUGAAGGACAGCGCCGUGGCGAUGGAGAAGCUGAGCUGCUACUGGGACAAGACUUUGGACUCUCCGUCUCUGCAGAACAUUUCUCUCUCGGUGAAACCGCAUCAACUUUUAGCUGUGAUUGGACCCGUAGGGGCUGGAAAGUCUUCGUUGCUGAGUGCCAUCCUGGGAGAGCUGCCGCGCGACACGGGCGCGCUGACGGUCAAAGGUCAGCUGGCCUACGCCUCGCAGCAGCCCUGGGUUUUCCCCGGAACCGUGCGCAGCAACAUCCUGUUUGGGAGAGAGCUGAACCCGAAGAAGUACGAGAAAGUCCUGCGCGCCUGCGCUCUGAAGAAGGAUCUGGAGCUUUUUCCUGACGGAGAUCUGACUCUGAUCGGGGACAGAGGAGCCACUCUGAGCGGAGGACAGAAAGCUCGGCUUAACCUGGCCAGGGCCGUGUAUCAGGACGCAGACAUCUACCUGCUGGACGACCCUUUAAGUGCCGUAGAUACAGAAGUUGGAAAGCAUCUUUUUGAACAGUGCAUCUGCGGGCUGCUGCAAAACAAAUGUCGUGUCCUGGUAACGCACCAGCUGCAGUAUCUGAAGGCCGCAGACAAGAUUCUGGUCCUCAGGGAGGGUCGCAUCACGGGCCAGGGGAGCUACGAGGAGCUGCAGCGCUCCGGCCUGGACGUGGUUUCACUGCUGAGGAAAGACGAGGAGCAGAACUCUGAUAAACUGUCUCUGCACAGUCAGUGGACCAACUCCUCCCACAGCUCCCACAGCAGCCUCCUGCCAGCGGACACCAGCUACUCUGACCAACCUCCUGCGGAAGCGGCUCCAACGCUCGCGGAGGAGAGUCGAGCAGAAGGAAACGUCAACAGCCACAUUUACCUCAAGUACUUCACUGCCGGCUGCAACUCGCUGGUUCUGCUGCUUAUUGUUGUCAUCAGUGUCGUAGCAGAGGUUGCUUACAUCCUGCAGGACUGGUGGCUGGUUUACUGGGCGAGAGCCGACGUCUUCAACAGCUCGGCUCCCGUCGUCGGCAUCAGAAACGGCGUCAACGCCACGCCCGCAGACGCCGAGUUUCACCUCGCCUUUUACCUCGGCGUCUACUCAGGUCUCACCACGGCCGCCGUGGUCUUUGGGUUUGUCCGGAGUUUACUAAUCUUCCACGGUUUGGUGAAAUCGGCCCAGAAUCUUCACAACAACAUGUUCAACGCCGUCCUUCGCACUUACGUUCACUUCUUUGACAUCAACCCCGUCGGAAGAAUUCUCAACAGGUUUUCUAAAGACAUUGGCCAAAUGGACUCCAUGCUGCCCAUAACCUUUGUGGAUUUUUACCAGCUGUUUCUGCAGAACGUCGGCGUGGUGGCGGUGGCCGCCUCAGUCAUCCCUCUCAUCCUCGUCCCCGUCGUCCCUCUGCUCCUCUUCUUCCUUUACUUGAGGCGCUACUACCUGCACACGUCUCGGGACGUCAAGCGACUCGAGUCAACGACUCGCAGUCCCGUCUUCUCCCACCUGUCGUCGUCUCUUCAGGGUCUGUGGACGAUCCGAGCGUUCGGAGCCGAGGAGAGGCUGAGGAUGACCUUUGACUCCUACCAGGACCUGCACUCAGAGGCCUGGUUUCUGUUCCUGAUGACUUCCAGAUGGUUCGCUUUGCGGCUCGACAGCAUUUCUUCCAUAUUCAUCACUUUCACGGCGUUUGGCUGCAUCCUGUUCAGAAACGGUCUGGAGGCCGGGCAGGUGGGACUGGUUCUGACCUACGUUGUGACCCUGGUGGGAAACUUUCAGUGGAGCGUGAGACAAAGUGCAGAGGUGGAGAACAUGAUGACGUCGGUGGAGCGAGCGGUGGAGUACACGGAGCUGGAGAGCGAAGCACCGUGGGAAACGGAGAAGCGUCCUCCUCCCGAUUGGCCGAGCGAAGGCGCCGUGACCUUUGACACAGUCAGCUUCUCCUACACCGCAGACGGUCCGCUGGUCCUCAAAGACAUCAGCGCUACAAUUAAACCGAGUGAAAAGUUGGGGAUCGUCGGAAGAACCGGAGCCGGGAAAAGCUCUCUGAUCUCGGCUCUGUUCCGCCUGGCAGAACCUCGGGGGAAAAUCUACAUCGACGGCGUUUUGACCUCUGACCUUGGCCUCCACGACCUGCGCCAGAAGAUGUCCAUCAUUCCUCAGGACCCGGUGUUGUUUACCGACACGCUGAGGAAGAACCUGGAUCCCUUCGGCCGGCACUCUGACGAGGAGCUGUGGAAAGCUCUGGAGGAGGUCCAGCUGAAGUCCGUAGCCGAGGAACUGCCGGGAAAGCUGGAGACGGUUCUGGCCGAGUCCGGCUCCAACUUCAGCGCGGGUCAGAGGCAGCUGGUGUGUUUGGCCAGGGCCGUCCUGAGGAGGAACCGCAUCCUCAUCAUCGACGAGGCCACGGCCAACGUGGACCCCCGGACAGACGAGCUGAUUCAGAAAACCAUCCGGGAUAAGUUCAGGGAAUGUACCGUUCUCACCAUCGCUCACCGCCUCAACACCGUCAUAGACAGCGACCGGAUCCUGGUUCUUGACGGUGGCAUCAUCCAGGAAUUAGACCGACCCUUUGCUCUGCUGCAGAACCAAGACGGCGCCUUCUACAAGCUGGUCCAGCAGACGGGCCGGGCCGAGGCGGCGGCUCUGCUGGAAUCAGCCGGACGGUCUGCACAGCGAGCCGAACCGAGCCACUCCCAGGACCCGAGAACGGAGCGGAGCAUUCCAGAAUCCAAUGAAAUGUGAUGCGGACGUACAGGUGUUUCUGAGAAAAGUGUGAACAAUUCAGUUCAAAAGGAGAAAUUCAUAACACACACACAUGAAUAUCAUAUUGAUAUUUUUAGCGUAGAAACGACGGCCAAUUUAGACAGUUUCUUCUUGCGAUGCACCGAUCUGAGGUUUAGUAUUUGCUGCUUGAAAUCAAUAAAAACAAAUUUUUUAACACAGCCAUAAAUAUUGUGAUGUAAGUUCAAUAACUCUGCACCAGUGCAGCUCAUUGAAAUACACCAGUAGCUCCAGUAGUUUAAGAAAGAAUGAAGUCAGACUGAUGAAAACAACAAGUGGACUAUCUCAGUUAAACAUGUGGACAAAUAUUAGAAACGGUGCAGAAAGCACGAUGAGUAAUUAUAAAUAGAAUUUAAAAUAAAUAAUCAAGCAGGACGUAGCACACAGCACCAAAUUCUUACCGAGGUAGAAAACUAACUUUUCAUCGACACUCGAUAUGUUUUCUAUCAGAACCGAAUCUGGUAUCAAUAUUUCUGGAGCCAGUUUCUCAACUUGCCAAAUGAUGCAUGAAAACAAAGGAAUAAGACGCCUGAAGUACAUCAUUAGUAGAAAUUACUUCUUCAAGAUGCUCUGUUUGAUGAAAACGCAUCCGUAGAGAAAAGAAGAUGAAAUAUACUACUAUGUUUUUAGUAGUAAUAAUCUGUCAACAGAAACCCCGUCUGGCUGCCGUGCAGCGUUUGGUCAGAUUAGCUCCAAUAGUUCAUUCAUUGAAGUAUCUUUAAUGCUGAGGCGUCGCUCUUUUUGUGACACCUUCUCUUCACUUUACAGCCGAGUUUAUUGUAAAUAAAUCUCUUUAAAGUAAAAGCAAAAUUGAUUUAGAGUAGGAUUAUGAAAUGGCCAGUAUAAAUAUGCCAAUGUUUUCUGUUGCCUUUCAGUGUUUAUUUGUCUCUGUUUCAAUUUGAAACGGUUUGCUCAUGUUCAGAUUUUAUGUCUUUUUGUAUCUUUACACUCCAAAUGCUCCUUUAAUUAUUAGCAAGGAAGAAAGAUAACUGUUGGCCGUCAAUGUAAAGUUUGUAAUUUUUUAUGUUUUCUCAUAAAGUAGAGUUUAGAAAAUGUGAAGUUCAGUGUUUUUCAGAUGGUUUGGUGAAUUAAUUUGAAGAGAAACUCUGGACUCAAGUGAUGAGAUAAAUCUGCUAAAUUGGAACAUUUGAAGGCCAAACACCUGGCUGAUGUUCCUAAAAAGAAUGAAAUCAAAAGAAUCUUCCUAAUAGAAACACAGCAAUGGAGAAAAAAACUAAUGUUGCUUUGUAGUGAAAUAGAAACAUGUCAGUAAUCACACCAAAAAAACAACUAAACAAAUGGAAUUAUAUAUGUUUCUCUAACGUAACCAAAGACUAUGUAUCUUUAUUUCUCUCAAUGUGGUCAUUUUAAUUUAAUCACCACUAAAGAGAAAUAUGUAAAAUGUUGUGAGAAAACCACAGAAAGGACAUUUGUUCCAAACUCCUGGAAGAACGACAAACAAAAACAAGUUUGCGGUAAAGACGAUGUGUGGGAUCCUCUGUCGGAGAUGGCCGGUCUGUUUCUUCAACCGCGUUUAUCUAGGAGACACCGAGGUGCCGGUUUGUUACGUAUCACAGGAUGUCAUGAUUUACAGCACGCAACCACAGGAGGAGAUGAAUGUAUUAUUGGUGUACAAACAUCACUUGGUCUUUCUUAAUCAACAUUAUGUGAUGUAUUUGUUGGUGCCACAAAUGGUAAAGACUGGCAUACAACUUAUUUAUAUAGAAAAGAGGAAGUAGUUUUCAAUGUUUACUUCCAUAAAAAAGGAGUCAUUUUGUUCUGAUCUGGUUUGGAAUGCAUGUUAUGUUGGAGUUAUGACCGUAACCAUGCAUUAUGUAUGUUAAAAAAAACUCAUAAGUUGUGAUUUUUUCUUAGAAUGUUUAGCAGAUCAAAUAUUCAGAUGAAAGAAUGUAAACAUUUUCAUGCGUUCGCUCGGUCACUUUAUGUAAUUAGCGCCUAUCCAGAGAGAGGUAGCCAUGUUGACUGUUAUGAAGAGCUAAAGCUGAUCAUGUACAAUAGAUUUAUGUAUUAAAGUAAAGCUUUGUAAAAAAA